UCCUGGGCCACCGAAUCAGCCCUCCUCUUCCUCAUUCCUGCCCCCACCAUUUGUCCAGCUGUCUCACAGCCCUCAGGACAGGACCGCUCUGUUUCAUUGUUAGGAAACUGCACUCAGGCUCUCAGAAGCCCCCAAACAGGGUCCCUCAGCCCCUACCAGGCCAAGUUGGUCCUGUCCUGGGAGGGUCGUGACCCAGUCCCAGGGCCAUUGAGGAAAGGAGUGGCAGCCCUGGCUCCAGGUGUCCCGAUGCCAGGCUGCUCAUCUGAUGCCUCUCCUGAUGCCACCCCGCCUGGGCUGCUCCUGGCACUGGAGACCAUACUGGCCUCGGAGGAUGAUCGAGCUCCCCUGCCAGGGGCUAAAUCUGGGAACUGGCUGCUGUGCGUCCUGGCCCUGCCACUCCACCUCUGGCGCCUGGUGGGGAGGCCCCUUCUUGACCUUCAGGGAUCGGCUGCCAUGUCCCACCGGAAGUUUUCCGCCCCUCGGCACGGACACCUCGGCUUCCUGCCCCACAAGAGAAGCCGCCGGCACCGGGGCAAGGUGAAGACAUGGCCGCGGGACGACCCCAGCCGGCCUGUGCACCUCACGGCCUUCCUGGGCUACAAGGCGGGCAUGACCCACACCCUGCGUGAGGUGCACCGGCCGGGGCUCAAGAUUUCCAAGCGGGAGGAAGUGGAGGCAGUGACAAUUGUGGAGACGCCGCCCCUGGUGGUGGUGGGCGUGGUGGGCUACGUGGCCACCCCUCGAGGUCUGCGGAGCUUCAAGACCAUCUUUGCGGAGCACCUCAGCGAUGAGUGCCGCCGCCGCUUCUACAAAGACUGGCACAAGAGCAAGAAGAAAGCCUUCACCAAGGCCUGCAAGAGAUGGCGGGAUGCCAGCGGCAAGAAGCAGCUCCAGAAAGACUUUGCCGCCAUGAAGAAGUAUUGCAAGGUCAUUCGGGUCAUUGUCCACACCCAGAUGAAGCUUCUUCCCUUCCGGCAGAAGAAGGCCCACAUCAUGGAGAUCCAGCUGAACGGUGGCACGGUGGCCGAGAAGGUGGCCUGGGCCCAGGCCCGGCUGGAGAAGCAGGUGCCGGUGCACAGCGUGUUCAGCCAGAGUGAAGUCAUUGAUGUCAUUGCUGUCACCAAGGGCCGGGGUGUCAAAGGGGUCACAAGCCGCUGGCAUACCAAGAAGCUGCCUCGGAAGACCCACAAAGGGCUGCGCAAGGUGGCUUGCAUUGGCGCCUGGCACCCUGCCCGCGUGGGCUGCUCCAUUGCCCGGGCUGGGCAAAAGGGCUACCACCACCGCACUGAGCUCAACAAGAAGAUCUACCGCAUUGGCCGGGGGCUGCACAUGGAGGACGGGAAGGUGGUCAGAAACAACGCGUCCACCAGCUAUGACAUCACCGACAAGUCUAUUACACCGCUGGGAGGCUUCCCCCACUAUGGGGAAGUCAACAACGACUUCGUCAUGCUAAAGGGUUGCAUCGCAGGUACCAAGAAGCGGGUCAUUACGCUAAGAAAGUCCCUCCUGGUGCCCCACAGCCGCCAGGCCCUGGAGAAUAUUGAGCUCAAGUUCAUCGACACCACCUCCAAGUUUGGCCACGGCCGCUUCCAGACAGCACAAGAGAAGAGGGUCUUCAUGGGCCCACAGAAGAAGCAUCUUGAGAAGGAAAAGCCGGAGAGCUCAGGAGACUCGUAGGCUGCCUGCGCGGGACGGGUGGUCCCUGCAGCGGCGCCCCGCCUGCCCUUCUGUCCAAUAAAGGCCCGAGGCCCCUGUUCCCGCGCCGUCUCAGAGGGUCGGGGCGCGGACAGA